AUGCGGGAUGCGAGGCGAGGUACCCAGGACAUGGCAGGACCCUCGCUCGAGGAGGGCACAACAGGAUGUGCCUUGGCGCAGCCAAAUCCAGUCAUCAAACAGGCAGGCAUCGCGCAAGCGGGCAAUUCAUGGGUGGGGAAGGGGGGGAAGGGGGGGAAGGGGGGAGUGCCGGCCCAUCCCAGCCCGUACUUGGCCACCUUUGCAUGGAGGGUAGGGGCACAAGGCAGGAGGGUAUACUGGAGGGUUGCUGACCGCGUCCGAAUCUGGCCUGCCGAGCACAUCCAUGCCGACACUCCCCUGGUGCCUCUCAUUGGUGCAGUCGAGGCUGUGCUGGAGAGGAAGGGGGGGAAGGGAAGGGUGCGCAAGUGGGCAAGGGCAAGGUGCGGGAGAUGGUUGGAAGUGCCGCUGGUUGCCUCUUCCUUCCUCUUCCGCAGCGAGGUUCGCAAAUUGGUGCGCCACAAAGGAUCGAGCAGACGUCUGCUUUGCCUCAUUCUCACUCACACUCAUCCUGUUCUUCUCCCCAAAAAGUCCUACGGUCGCAAAGUCCUGUUCUUUCUCAGCCCCCACGGCCCGACACGUCUCAGACGGACCGGUCACCAGCCUCAACAGCGCCAAGGAGGGACUCGCAGCCUGGAGGGAUUCUGGUUGCGCGAUGCGCGAUGCGUGAUGUGUGAUGCGCGAUGCGCGUUGCGAAAUUGCGUGGGCGUGAUUGCGUACCCCCGUGAUUGCGCCACUACGCAAAUGGGCAAGCUCCCGCCCGUCACUGCAGGCACCCAUCGGCCCGGCAGCGGCCCAAGGACAAACGCAACGGCGCCUACCGUGCACUACAAGGAGGUCUAUGUGUACCUAUGA